AUGAGUAGCAUUACACUUUUUAGUCUCGUUCGAGGCAAAGUUCCAGCUAAUGCUUUUUCAGUAAAGGCUAAACAUAGCUAUUGUCAAUUUCCAACAAGUGAAAGGGUAAAAUUUGAACUACUCAAAUCUCCCGAAUUAUUAAUUGAAGAGGUGUUAGAAGGUGUUGAGGUAGAAAACGCCACAGAAAAGGUUGGAAAGAUUUUUAAUUAUACAAUCAAGAAAAAACAUAUUAAUGUUGUUGUUGAAGGACCUGCUACUACCGCUAAAUCUAGUCAAGAAACGUUAGAGUUGAGAAAGGAAUUGGAUUUUUUGCGAAGUCUGCAAAAAGGCAUCGUUUGCGAAAAAAAAAUUGACCCAAAGGAUUUAAUUCUCAGUUGUAGCAAUGAUAAUAAUGAGGAACAAAAUUUAGUUGAUAAGGAAUCAUAUGAACAAUUUCUCAAAGCCUGUAAACCAUAUACAGAAUGGAAUCCUAGUACGGUUUGCACUACCAAUUCAUACCUGUGGUAUCGAUCCAAAAUCCAAAAAAUGCUGUCGCAUCUUAUUGAAGAAUUAAAACUCCGUCGAUCAACAAUCCGCGGUGAAUCAAAAGCUUAUAAUAGCAAAUUUGUAUUACCAUUUCUUGUGGUGGCAAAGUUCGAAGUAAAAAAAGAUGAUUUUAAUCAAGGUGUAGCGCAAUUCGUCGUACAACUUCGUUCAUCAAUUGAGCGAAAACGCGAAGAUGACGAAGAUUUGAUCAUUGAUAAAACGUAUGGAGUAGUCACUGAUAGUACUUUAUGGUAUUUCUUUGAAUGUUCUAUGGAGGAGGAUAAACAAGAAUAUAAAAUCCAUUCAGAAGAGGGAACUAUAAUCGAUUGGGGUAAAAUUUAG